ACCACAAGCCCGCAUGGGUCGCCAGUCGCGGCGGCGGCCACCCGCAUGCGCGCUCUGCCGGAUCCGAAAGCUGCGCUGCAACCGCGGCUCCCCGUGCUCCAACUGCUCCAUCCGGGGGGUCCCGUGCAACCUCGAUGGACCGUCUUCCGGGGCCGGAGCCGGGGCCGCCGGGGCUGCUCCGGUGCUUCAGGGGAACGGGGGUCACUUCGGCGGCGGCGGUGGUGGGUCGCAGGAGGUUCUGAACCGGAACCACUUGGCGCCCUCGUUGCUGGCGUCUUCGCAGCUGCAGCUUGUGACGGCGGACGUGCUGGGGCUUGAGAAGAACUGCUCGAGCCAGAAGGUGUUGGUGAGUUAUCACUUAUAUGAUGACCCCGUUUGCUUUCAGGAUGCAUUAGCGCCUCCUCCGCUCACCUUUCGCACUCGUUCCAUCCGCACCAUCACCAGCCCUUCCUUCUUCGUGCUGCAUCCCAGCAGCUCUCCCGCAUUGACCGAACAGGUCCGGGUCAUCAAGUGCAUAUGCCUGCCCCUGAGGGCAGACGCCCACAUCCUGCUGGACAAGUUCGUCAAAGACGUCCUACACUUCCACCACAUCUUCCACACCCCGUCCCUCACCCGUGCCGUCGACCGCUUCUACGACGCCGUGGAGCAGGGCGAGGCGGUGGACACUGGCCAGCUGAUGGUCGUCCUGGCGAUAUGCUGCAGCAGCACGCACACGUGGACCCGGUUCGACGACAGCAAGGGGCUCUUUGGGCGUUCGGAGGACGCAAACGCGCAGACGGCCGGGUGGCUGACCACGGCCCUCGACGUCAUCCACCAUGCGCACCUGGCGGCGCACGCGUCCAUGGCGUGCAUACAGGGCAUCAUCGUCGUCUUCUUCAUGAUUUGCAGCCUCGAGGGCAUCUCGGCGCGGGCGCGGCUGCUGCAUGCGCAGGCGGUGGCCAUGGCGCAGGAGAUUGGGCUGCAUUAUCUUGAUGCGCCCAACGCCAGCGGGCAGGCGAGAUUGCUGAAGCAGUCUACGAUCGAAGCCGAGGUUGGGCGCAGGACGUGGUGGUAUCUCACCGAUACGGACUGGAUGCUGUCCAGGUUAUCAGUCCCUCAGCAAGGGGCAUAUACGAUCCUGCCCAGUCAGAUGGCUGUACGGAAGCCCAGCAAUGCAAACGACGUAGACAUUGUCGACGGCAAAGAAGUCAUCGACCGUCCUCUGGACGAGGCCACGUCAGUGUCCUAUCUCCUCCAGCGGACUCGUCUGGCGGAACUCUUCUACAGCCUCGGCAGCCACGACAAGUCUCUCAACUGGAACUCGGAAGAGGCCGACUACGGGAAGAUCAUGGAGGCGGACAUGAAGCUGCGGCAGUUCAUGCGAGAGCUGCCGCCCUUCUUCCGCCUCGAGAACAGCAGCACGCUCGCCAAGCUGCCGGCCUCGGACAUGCGGCGCUCGUCCGACAUCACGAUCCAGCGGUACAUGCUCAACAUGAUCUUCUACGGCCAGAUCUGCAAGCUCCACCUGCCGUAUCUCGCCCGCGGCACGGUCAACCCGGGCUUCGCCUACUCGCACGACUCGUGCCUCAAGGCGGCGCAGCGCAUCAUCUACAUUGAGCACCGCAUGAGGGCCGAGAACUCGACCUUUGUGCUGUUCCGGCAGCGCAUGAACGUCAAGUUCCGCAGCAUCUUCAUCGCCUGCGUCGUUUUUGUGCUGGACGGGUGCUUGGCUACUACGAACGAGGGCGGCGGCGGCGGGAACAACAGCGCGGCGGGAGGAGGAGGAGGAGGAGGAGGAGGAGGGGAUGCGACGAUGACGGAUGCGUGGAAGAUAUUGCAUGAGGCGAGGGGACAGUCGCCGUUGGCGUCGGAGCUGCUGCACAUGUCGAUUCAGAUUCUACGCAAGUAUAGGGCGUCGCAUCCGGCGCUGCAGGCGUUGCAGGUGGACAAGUGUAGCAGUCAGGAGGCGACGACGUCUUUGGGUCAGAAGGACGCGAGGAGGGAUGGAAAAGCCAUGCCAGGAGGUGAUGGUGUGCUGGUGGAUUCGGGGCAGCCUACGAGGACGGAUACGAUUGAAGUAGAGAAUGUUGACUUGGACAAGUUGUGGGAGACGCUUCAGGGGCGUGGGAGGGACUGGAAUAACCUGUUUUGGAGCCUGGGCCCUCCACUUAUGUGAUUUU